AUGCCUCGGGAAGUCGUCCGCGAGAAAGUAGAUUUCUUGUACGCUGUCUGGCGACGGCUCGAACGACUACGCCAUCCUCCUUCCUCCCUGACUGCUGGUUCGCUCCCGUCCGCUGGUCCCUCUAGCGUCUUUACUUCGUCUUCUUCUUCUUCUUCUCUUUCGCAUCUCGACUUUUAUGCUGCGUCUUCUAGUAAAAUCAUCGACGUCGUCGUCUUCGCCCGUUUCGGACCAAAGUUAGGAAACGAACGAUAUAUAAAGGAAGAAGAAGAAGAAGAAGAAGAAGACAGAUAUAGAGAAGACGACGACGGUGAUCCUCAGCUUACUCGUUCGCUAGACUCGUUUGACAGUAACUGCUCCUUCAAGUCGACGUCUCUGCUUGUGUUUGUCCUCCUGGUGACGGAGAUGGCUAUCUUCGUCGGCCUGAUAGUCCCUCUGCCCUUUACCGUCAAGCGGAAGCUCUUCACCUUCAUAUCAGAGAGUCCCAUCGUCGCCAAGCUGCAGUAUGGAAUGAAGAUAACGUUCAUCUUCAUUCUCAUCCUGUUCAUCGACAGCGUCAACCGUGUCUAUCGUGUCCAGAUUGAACUGACUGGUUUCGACGCUGCCAACACCGGACAUGCCAUUGGAACUGAGCGUAUGGAAGUUCAGGCCCGCAAGUUCUACUCUCAGCGCAACAUGUACCUCUGCGGCUUCACCCUUUUCCUCUCCCUUAUCUUGAACCGCACUUACACCAUGAUCCUCGAUAUCCUUCGUCUUGAAGACAAGGUUAAGAUGUACGAGGGAGACAAGAGGGCCGGCGGCAAGGAUUCUGCUAAGUUGGCUGCUGCUGGUGAUAUGGGAGAGAUCGGAAGACUCAAGAAGGAGCUCAAGGCUCGUGAGAACGACAUCGAGGCCCUGAAGAAGCAGAGCGAGGGCUUGUCCAGAGAGUACAACAAGCUCGGAGACGAGGUUUCUGCUCAAAACAAGGAUAACACCACCAAGAAGGACCGAUGA